AUGGCCUCUUCCCAGCCGAGCAUCCAAGGAGAAGUUCUCAACUUCCGCCGGACGCGGCUGACAUACAAGAAUGUGCAGCUGGUGUGGAAUCUUGCGCUGGAGGCAAUCAGGCUCCGCAACCCGUAUGGCAGCUACAGCCACGUUCUGUGGCAGCGUGAGGAGAUGCAUUGGGUGUCGGACUUGCACUUAGACAAGUUCAAAGAUCCUUGGGCGGUGUAUGGGCUUGGGCUGGCGGCGCUUUCUCGACCAUGUGAAAGACCCCCUGUCUACGAGUCACCUGGGUAUAUCGGCGACAAGAUCUUGCUGGUGGGUAGAGAAGCCGCCAUGUCCUUCUUCAAGCUUUAUGACCUGGUGAACUGCGGAACAGCGAGUUCCAAGCUGGACCGCGUGGAGCAUCCG